CGCCAAACGAAGCAGGCCGCCGCACCGUCGACCCUGCCCUCCAGACUCCAGAGCGCCAAUUCCGCCAACCUCAGCUCCUUCUUCUCCUACCUCGCCGGAGGGCCCUACUCCAGCUCCUCCAGUCAUCGUUCGUCAGUCACGCAGUUGGCUACAGGCUGCAGCGAAUAGUAAAACGAAGGUGAAAAAUGAUGAACAAGAAGGAGAUUCUGAAGCUAGCCAAAGGGUUUAGGGGCAGAGCAAAGAACUGCAUCAGGAUAGCAAGAGAGAGGGUGGAAAAGGCUUUACAGUAUUCCUACAGGGAUCGUCGAACCAAGAAACGUGACAUGCGCUCCCUAUGGAUCCAACGGAUCAGCGCUGGCACCAGGCAACAUAAUGUCCAUUAUGGUCACUUCAUGCACGGGCUCAAGAAGGAGAACAUCCAGCUGAACCGGAAAGUGUUGUCGGAGAUAUCAAUGCACGAGCCUUACAGCUUCAAAGCGCUGGUAGACAUUUCUCGCGAGGCUUUUCCAGGCAACAGGCACAUCUAUCAUCGUCCAAGGAAGGUCGAUAUGUCGAUCACUGCAUAGCGAGCUCGACUUUGGUAAUGCAUCCUUUGUUGCUUUGCAAUUGCCUUCUCGUUUUGUAGGCCAUCAUAACAAGCCUCCAAAUCUACUAGCUCCGCAUAUAUACAUGUAUUUUAGCUUCAGAAAUUAUGGGACUUUUGAACUGUUUCCCUAAGUUAUGGUGUGGUUGCGGGGAGAUUUAAAUAAGCUCUGAACUUGGUGGUUUCUUGUGUUGGUUUCCUGAGCUUGGAUGCCUCCGUUGGCGUCUCAGUCUAUGCCAUUUGUCUAUACUUUCUACGUCUCGGGGUUCUACAUUCUAGCCUUCAGAAGUCAGAACAGCAGGCUAGAAUGAACAAAUAUAUAUCCCUGCAAGGCC